AUGAAAAAUUUAGCUUUAGAGAGACCUGCCUGGCAGGAGCACAAAUUCCCAACUAAGCCAAUAGCCUGGGGAGCAGAUAAGGCGGUGGAUGGAAAAUAUUCUGACCGCUCAGCAGGAGGUGGACAGUGUACAAUAUCGGACGGAAAAGAGACAGCUACUUGGACAGUGGAUUUAGAAAGCGUGGCUAGCAUCAGUCACGUCAAUAUCUUCUACAGGACAGAUAAUGCUGCAAGUCCUGGUGCGUACGUUGGUCGAUUUGCUGGGUUUUUCCUUUACGUAUCCAAUACUACAUCAAAACAGGGCAGUUAUUUUUGUUUCCAUGAGUUGCAAAACGAUACCCGUACUCCAGCAGAGAAUCAGACAAUAAACUGUCCUGUCCACGGACGUUACGUUAUAUACUUCAACGAGAGGAGACAGGGUGUUAACUACCCUGAUUACUACUCUCCAAAUGCGUACAACGAAUUGUGUGAAGUGGAAGUGUAUGGUUGCAGCGACCCAGGAACGUAUGGUGAGAACUGUGACCAAAUAUGUCCAGAAAACUGUCAGGAACAAAGAUGUAACAUCACCUCAGGAGAAUGUCUGGGUUGUAAACCGGGAUAUCAAGGUCUGAAAUGCAGCAGAUUGUGUGAUAAACACACUUACGGCUUGGAGUGUUCCGAAAUAUGUGGUAACUGUAGUGACGGAGAAACCUGUCACCAUGUCAACGGCACGUGUAUGAAUGGUUGUAGUGAGGGAGCAAAGGGAGAGGAGUGUCUUGAAGGAUGCGAGGCUGGAUCUUAUGGUAAAGACUGCGUACAGAAAUGCAGUCAUAACUGUGGUAUGCCAAACACAUGUAACAGGUUUACUGGGGAAUGUGAAGGAGAAUGUCAGACUGGGUGGAAAGGAGAACGAUGUGAUAAAACUACAUCACCAACAGCGAAGAAGGAGUUCAAAAAUAUUUAUGAGAAUAUAGAAGGGACUUCAAAAUCCAGAAACCUGAGUGGUUUUCGCAGGUCAGGUAAACAUACUCGAGAAGAGAAAGCGAACAACAUUGAAGGAGACGACGAUAUUGACAACGACGAGAAAAUUCAUGAGGAAAAUCCAUACGGAGAUUUCUAUUUGAAUGAAGAAACAGUUCCAGAUAUCAAUAUUGAUGAAAUGGAAAAUAUUAUUAAAGAGAAACGGCAAAAUGAAGACGAUGGCUUUCAAAGAGAGUAUGCAGCACUUCCAUACGGUGAAAGAUAUCCUUGUUAUGCUGGAAAACGGCCAGAAAACAUAACAAAGAACAGAUUCAAGACCACGUUUCCUUAUGAUCAUUCCAGAAUCAAAUUGUCCAACAGCCAGUCGGACUACAUCAACGCCAAUUAUAUUGAUGGUAUUGAUAAGACAGAUGAAUAUAUUGCAUCACAAGGACCUCGACAGAACACAGUGACAGAUUUCUGGUCCAUGAUUUGGCAAGAGAACGUCCACCAAAUAGUUAUGCUUACCAACCUGAAAGAAGGCAACAAAGCAAAGUCUGACAAGUACUGGCCUGAUCUACAACACUCGGCUACAUUUGGUGUGAUUUCCUUACGCACAGAGGAAGAACAAAUUUAUGCCUCUUAUAUAAUCAGGAAAUUUAGAGUUACACAUAAAGUGCUUAAAAGAUCUCGCCUAUUAACCCAGUACCACUAUACUGCCUGGCCAGACCACGGAACACCAGAACCGCUCUGUCUUGUAAUUUUCCAUGACCACGUUACAAGGACAAAAGAUAAACAAAAAAGUGGUCCAACAUUAGUACACUGCAGCGCGGGUAUAGGUCGCACGGGUACAUAUAUCGCUAUUGACGCUUUAUACAAGGUGGGCAAAACAGAAAGGAAAGUCAACAUCGCGGAAUAUGUGAAAAGAAUGAGAGAAAACAGAAUGAACAUGGUUCAGACAUAUGAGCAAUACAUGACUAUCUUUUUGGCUCUUGACGCCAUGUUCAAAGCUCCUCCAUGUGUACACACCAAAACUGAAUUCUUAAGGAGAGCAGAGUUAAUGGCUCGAGAUAAACCCGCUGAUGAAAGUGAACUCAGAAAGGAGUUCCAGAAUCUUCUACGAGUGCGACCAGCGUUUACAUACGUGGAUUACAAGAUUGCUCUACAAAACGGAGGUAGUAAAUCGUCUGUUCCUCCACUUGAUAAAUACAUCCUCUUCCUGUCUUCAAGUGUACCAAAACGCGGGAAUUACAUUAACGCGGUUACUCUGCCUUCCUACACAAAUCCCAAUGCAUUCAUAAUAACGCAUUAUCCCUCACCAGAGGACGCUGUUGACUUCCUGCGCCUGCUCACUGAUCACGAGUCAGACGUUCUGAUUUGUAUGGAUCCUCUUAAUGAAAUUGAAUCAAGAAAGGCAUGGCUACCAGUCCUCAACAGUUCAAAAACUGUGUCCCCAUACACAGUACACUGCAAGCAACAGCAAGUUACUGAUAUUAAAUGUACCACAAUCAGCUGUAUUAAACAGAAAAUGGCAAACAUCGGUGGAUUUUCAAUGUCGAUCAUAGAGCCAAAAGAAAGCCUGACAACCACUGAUCAUUCCCAUGCAAUAGUGCAGAUGUUACGUUUGGUUUCUUACACUUUACAGAGUGAAAGCGAGGGUCCUAUUACCAUAGUCAGCAGGGACGGAGCAGUCCUAUGUGGUGUAUUUUGUGCUGUAUAUAACACGCUUCAACAGUUGUCCAUGGACGGCGAGGUGGACAUUUUCUCUACUGUCCGUCAGUUACAGAUAAGACGACCUGAACUCUGCACCACAAUGGAUGAGUACAGAAUGAUUUACGAUGUGGUGUUAGAUUACAUCCGGACACAGGAGGAAAAUGUUUACUUCAACCAGUAA